UGUAUCAAUAAAUUGACCAGCAAUGAACUCAGCACAGCCAUCAACUCUAUGUUCCGUUGGUAUCAGCGUGCGACGAAGUGCUAUGUAUACCUAUCAGAUGUCCAUGUCCCGGAAGAGGUUACUGAUGCCCAAGCUUUCCGGAUAACUUGGAUAGAGGCCUUCCGACGGAGCCGAUGGUUCACGCGAGGCUGGACGCUGCAGGAGCUUAUAGCGCCGGCUCAGGUUGAGUUCUUCUCUAGGGACGGCAAGAAACUAGGCAGCAAGAUAUCGCUGGAGAAGGAGGUCUGUGAGGUCACAAAGAUACCUAUUGCAGCGCUAAGAGGACAGUCUCUUGGCGAGUUUAGCUUUAAGGAGCGAAUAAGUUGGGCAGCGAAACGGACAACUACAGUUAAAGAAGAUAAGGCGUACUGUUUGCUAGGGGUCUUUGGGGUGUUUAUGCCUUUAAUCUACGGCGAGGGCGAAGAACACGCACUUUCACGACUA